AUGGUUAGUGCCUUUACGCUCGUCACGGCGGUUGAGUCGUGGAGGAAAGGUCUCCCCAGUAUCGCGUUGUACGACAAGUCGAUUUCUACGACACUAAACCAUGUAGGUGUGAAACCUAUUCAUGCUUGGAAUGUGGCAGCAGUGGCUAAGCAUGUCUGGAAUAUUGUCACUUUGAAAGCUACUUUAUGGGCUAGAUGGGUCAUAGACAAUAAGCUCAAGAGAAUGAGUUUUUGGGGGAUCUGCAAGCCUACAGAUUGCUCCUGGUCCUGGAACAACUUAUUGAAGAUCAGAGGAGACAUUAUUGAUUAUUUUGAGUAUAACCUGGGAUGUGGUGAUAGGUUUUCCUUUUGGCAUGAUCCAUGGCCUGAUGGAAAAGCUUUGAAGAAUAGAUUUCCAUCUGUUAACAUCCAAGACUCAGAGAUCCCCAAGGAUGCUAAAGUCAAUAGUCUGUGGAGAAAUGGGGAUUGGAAGCUCCCUGAUCCAAUAGAUGAAGAAACACAGAAUGCUUGGGAUUUUGUGACUAAGAACUUUAAAGUUAAAGAUAAUGAAGAAGAUAGAGUAAGAUGGAAGAUUUGCAGGAAUGGGAAGUUUUAUGUGAAGAGUCUGUUUGAGAAAAUGAAUGGGGCUCAUAACUCAGUAAUCUGGCACAAUCUGAUCUGGUUCCCUGGGCAUAUUCCUAAAUUCUCCUUCAUUGCUUGGCUUUGUUUAAAGAGAAGAAUUCUGACUAAAGAUAAACUUGUGAAGUGGAAAGUUAUAGACUCAGAUACUUGUAGUCUUUGUGGGUGUGAACCUGAAAACAUUGAUCAUCUGUUUUUCAAGUGCUGUUUCUUUGAAAGAAUCUGGAGUACUGUGCUUGAUAUUAUGGGAUACAGAAGGAAAGGGAUGAGUUGGAGCAGGGAGAUUAGCUUUCUUAUAAGAAGAACCUCAGGAAGAUCUAAAGAGUCCAGGAUCAAAAAGCUCUGGUUCACUACUGCAGUCUAUUAUAUCUGGAUCUCCAGGAAUGAUGCCAUUUUUAAUCAUAAAGUUACCAAUCCUGAUUUGGUCUUUAAGCAGAUGAAAAGUGUAGUUGAAAUGAGGAAAAUCCUGCUAGCCUGUUAG